CUAUCAAAAUUCGAUAUCUAUGCCGGAUUGACUGGACCAAAAAAUUCAGUGGAAUCAGUAUUAUCGAACGGGUUUCUAUUAACAAAUGGGCUAAUCAUCAGAUCAACAAAUGUUAUUCCUGAGAACAACGACAAUGAGAUUAAUAAAAAACAGAAAAUUGUUGGUGCAAUACUACUUAAUAAUGAAACAUUUGAGAUUGAUUUGUCGAAUAACUAUGAAAUCAUCAACAACUUCAUUUUGAAGUUCAAUGAGAAAUCCUUGAGCAUAUUCAGGUUGAUUCACCCCAAACCAGACUUGUUAGUGAUUGGACUAGGGAAAAAAACAAGAAUGUUGGAUCAAAGCAACAAGAACUUCUUCAAGGAGUUGGGCAUCCAGCUCGAGGUGACCAGCACCUUGAAUGCCUGCAAAAACUUUGACAUACUCUCAACUGAGAGGAAAGACCAGAUAGGAGCCCUCCUCCUCCCACCUAACGUCUAA